GUGUGGGACUCCAGACAAAGGAGACAUAUACACACUGACACUGGAUCACUGGAACGAGAGGAGGAGGCAGACAGCUGGAGAGCUUCACUUUUUUUUUUACAUGAAGACAAUCCUCAACUCCUGGACUACUUGGUGCAGGAGUUAAACUUUUCCCCCUAAUAGUUUGCCAGCUGUAUGGAUUCAUCUGUGAGCUGAGAGCUGGAGCAGUGGUCACCAUAUGCUCUCUGUGGUGUGCAGAGAAGUGCUGGUUAGUAUGUGUAGGAUGGAAAAGUGGGGCUGGCACUACUCACAGCUCCACUCUUAGCUUUAUGCCAUGGGGGGUUGCCAUAGUUACCCCUCGGCUAAGAAGGCAGACAGCAAGACUCUCCAGGCGUCUGACAUCAGCGGAGAAAAACUGGGAAUUAAUAACAAUAAUCUAGAGGAGCGCCCGUAUCUGCGGCAGCAGAAUGUGAGCCAGCAGAUCACACACACAGACAUCGUGGCCCUCACAGCACUGCCACCUGGUGUUGACCAUGCAGAGUGGCUCGCCAGCAACACGGUGGCAUUUUUCAAGCACAUAAACCUGUUCUCAAGCGCGCUGUCUGAGUUCUGCACUCCCAGCACCUGCCCAACAGCCUGUGGACCAGGCGACACGAUUUAUGUUUGGACUGAUGAUCAUGGCAGGAAGCUGAAGUGCUCUGCCCCACUCUACUUUGACUACGCCAUGUCGUACAUUCAGGAGCUGCUGACUGAUGAAGAGGUGUUUCCCACAAAAGCAGGUUCAGUGUUUCCCACUGGCUUUGUUUUUCUGGUCCAGAAGGUGUUUUUGCUGUUUUUCAGGACUCUUGCUCACAUUUACUGGUCGCACUACAAAGAGACACUCGCGCUGGGCCUGCACCCACACCUCAACACACUCUUUACACACCUCACACUCUUCUGCCAGCAGCACAGCCUGUUGGACCCAGAGGACACUGAGCCGAUGCAGGACCUCAUCGCAGCUCUUGGACAGCAAGGCUGAACCUACAGAGCAGACAUAAAUGUUGCACACUCACAUUUUCUCAGACUUAUUUAGCAGUGACAUAUCUAUCAACACUCUGGGCCAGACUGAAACUUACUUCAGAGCAUGGAUUCAUACUUUUAAGGUCCAAAGUUGUAAGAUAGAAAAGGACGUAAAGUUUAUGAACAGUUCUAAAGAAUGAAGGAAUUUGUUUCACUACAGUGAUCUGUCAAUCAUAUCAGUGCUGUCUGGUUCUUUUGUAUCAGUUUUUAUGAUACUGUGUAAAAUUAUUGUAUUGCAUGUUUGUGUAUCCCAUCAUACCUGGCAUUAUCAUAUUUCAAAAAGGUCAAAAUGUUCAGGAUCAUUUAUAGGGUAUCCAGUGAGGCAUCUAAUGACAGAAAGAGUAAUAGAAAAAGAGCCACUGUUACAUUUUUAACAUUUGCAAAAACCAGAACAGGGUGUAAUGAUGCAAACGUGUUUAAAUAAUCAUGACAACAUUAUUUGAAUGAAGCAGCUUAUCUCUACAUCUGCAUGUAUGCUUCUUUAAUCUGUAAUAAACAUUUAUGAAAGUAGAUAAAAUAACAUCCAAUGCUGUCUUUAUGAUUCAAAAGUGAUACAGUAAGAAAAACUGAAGAUAGAGUGUUGUCGAGCAAAUUCACUCUCUUUAGUUUUCAAUGUUUUACUCACUUUUUGUACUGAGACAUCAGCACAUCUCCAGUUUGGUUUCAGAAAAACAGCACCACCUGCUGACACUCUGCAGUCCUGCAUGCUUCCAUCUUAACCUUCUGCGUCAGCUACGGUUCACUGCAGUGUGUAAAUGUUUGAUUGGUUGGCUGCAGCACAUUGGAUCUAAAGUGAAAAAGCCACAACGAGCACAAAUUGCUGAGUUUCAGCUUCCAUGUGAAGGUGUUGUAAAAAAUAACAGCUCUAUGUACCAGCAGGCUACUAUAUAUCUGCUGUACGGACAUCCUCAAAUACCUCUGAGCAGGAGAGUCAGCACUUACUGUAAACCUUUGUCACUGUCAGUGUUAAAUUCAGUGUCAUGGAGUAAAGCCAGAAAAGUAAAAAAAAAAAAAAAAAAAAAAGUGGAACAAUUCAAAAACAAAUAAAACUGCACUGUACAUUUUUACAGACAUGAAUAUCUGCACCGCUAAUCAGUGCAGUUAGCAGCUGGAGCUGCAUGCAGAAUAAAUGUGAAUAAGGCUGCAUAAAAAGAUGCUCCACAUGAAUAUGGAAAAUGCCUAAGAAUAACUGAGAUUAUACAUAAAU